GGCAAAUAUUCAAUAUAUUCAAUGGAGCGUGGAGGGUUUCGCAUCGUUCCCGACUUUUGGAGGGAGUACAGGAAGGGUAAACUGCUGGGCAGGGGAGGCAUCGCAUCCGUCUUCGAAUGCGUCGACACCUGCGGCCGGCAAUGGGCAGUCAAGCAGAUCCCGAAACAGACACAAAGGUAUGCGCAUUCCAUGCCACACAGCACCACACAGAGCCCCUGGCAGAGGCAGCGCAUUGGAUCUUUGUGUGCAGACUAUGUUGUGAGGAAAGCUACUUCCGGGAUGUGUAUCGCAUCCUGAAGAGCCCCGCGGCCAGGCACCCAAAUCUCGUGACCAUCUAUGACGUUGUUGAGGACCAGAACUACUUCUACAUCAUCAUGGAACGACUAGAGGUGCGGAAACAAACCAGAACGCAUCGGCAGAUGUGAAUGGAGUAGAGUGUGUGCGGUGGUCUGUUGGUAGGGCCCUGGUCUGUUUGAGUUGCUGUGGACGUAUCAAAGAGGCGACGCGCCCGAGUGGCUGGCACAGAAAGUCGCCCGGGACAUCCUCAAAGCCGUCCGCCACCUGCAGACCAUUGGCGUCAGCACACACGCACACACCUACACACAACAAGACCCAUAUCUACCCUCAUGUGCGUGUUUCUAAAUCCAUUCUGUCGGCAGAUAUAUCAUCGCGACAUCAAGCCCGACAACAUCACCUUCCGUAGGCCUGUUUCGAGUGCUCUCGGCACCAUGCCAGACUCCAAUGACGCCGUGCUCCUCGACUAUGACUUCGUGCUGCUCGUGGGCCGCCACGGUGGCGGACAGCUGGCCGAGAAGGGGAGCGUCAGGGUGACUCCACAGGGGACCGUGCCAUACAUGGUGGGUGAGUGGGAUGGGGGGAGAAGGGGGAGGCUGGCUGGUCUGGUCUUUGAUGUGUGUGUGUGUGUGUGUGUGUGGUUUGUGGCUGGUCUGUCUGUGUCUGCAGGCCCCUGAGGUGUUUGAGGGCAACUACAGCAUCCAGGCGGAGCUUUACUCGACCGGCAUUCUCCUGUAGGCCAUCCUUCCACUAGACGUGAAGAUCCCUUCAUUCAGAAUACCCAUCACAUGCCGCUUGUACUUUCGUGCCAGGUUUGUGAUGCUAACAAUGCAUUUACCCUAUGAUGUGAAGUCUGCAAAGCCGCUCGACAAGGUCUUCCACACCAUCAGACAGGUAGGUAAAGGACCAUACACAAACGCCCGCAGACAGGCCUCAUCCAUCUCCCCCUCCUUCACUUGUCAGAGUGUGGAUGGCCGUCGUCUGCGAGAGAGCCUGCCGAGCCGCAGCUCGGCUGCGGUGGACCUCAUCACCUCCCUCCUCGCUUUCGACGUCAACCACAGAUGCCCCGAUGGUGAGUCGAGUAACCAAAGCACCCGCGCCCCGCACAACCUGCAAUCCCCUCGCUCUUUGCAGUGGAGUCUGCCCUGCGAAGCCCGUGGCUGCGUGAGGCGUCUUUGACGACCCCACGCGCUUCCCAGCCUUCACGCCCCACAUACCUCUCGUGCAACGAGUCCUCCCCCGGCCCCCCGCCCCAGCUGAGUCUCUCCCAUGCCCAACCAGGUCCCGCCACCACCUCGCCCCUCAAACGCAAGAUCAAGCAGCCAUCUCGACUCACAUGGCGGGCCAACCCACUGCUGAGGAGCCCUCAGAGACAGCCUGAGGUCAAGAAGAGGACCACCACCACACAAGGCCCGACACCAGGGCUGUUGCAGCUGCCGACUGGGGGUGGCCAGAAUCGUGGUGCUGGUGUUGGCAAUACCAGAGAGAGGACAGGGGCGAGGCUCGGCGCUCAGCACACGAGAGCGAGUGACGGCGGUAGAGGGCGCAUUGGAGGGCGCAGCGAGGAUCUGUCGACCGCUGCAUCGAUGGCCCAGCGCGACCCCGUCAUCAGCCCCCGCAUCCCAUACGAGCAGCUGACCCCUGUCCGCUCAUCGCUGAGGCGGCGCGAGGGGCUAUCCCCAGUCAUCGAGUCGCCCAUCAAGCACAUCAACAUGCGAGAUGACCACACCAAGAGGCAGCCCAAGCACACCGGGCCCACUGCCGCCAUGAGGAGGGAUGACGUUGGCGUGAGGAGGGAAAGGAGGGCCCCUGCUGCUGCUGCUGGUGGUGGUGGUGGGGGGGAUGGGGCAAGGAAGGGCGAUGGAGAUGUGGGCGUGGGUGCUUUGCAGCGGGAUGGUCGCAAAGAGGGGGUGGUGCCGACUUGGAGGCAGGUGUGUGCCGCUGAGACGCCGCACAGAGAGACCCUCCCCAAGAGGCUCAAGGAUCGCAGCGCAUCGCAGGCACCCACCGGAAAGCCACCUGAAGGCACUCGGGUACACACAGACAGAGACAGAGAACAGGGGGCAGCACAACACCGGACGUCACUCUCUCUUCACGUGUCUGUGUGUGUGUCUGUCUGUCUCAUUCAUGUGCCUGCCAGGCCUCUCCCUUCCCUCCCCUCGCCCAUCAGCCGCCGCCGCGUCCACCAGGCGUACCCUUUCGCCUGCAGCUCAACCUGGCCGGCCCCGUCCCACUCCCACCACCCGAGCGGCUGAGGGCAAGUCCCAUGGUCGUCCCGAGACUCAGCCUCAACCCGCCACCACCUCCACCUCCACCCAUGACAAAGCAGAUGCCCGUCCACGUGCAGUCCACCGCCACAAGCACUCCAGUGCCCCCUACCCCGGCUCCUCCAUUUCUACCGCCGGCACUCAUCUCGCCCCGUGUCGUGUCGAUGGCCGAGAAGCAGGCAGUGAGGGCCAGACAGGUGGUGCUGUGCAGCAGCAGCGGUGCUGCGAGGGGGCCUCCUCCACCGCCCCUGAUCAGGGGGGCAGAUGCGCACGUGUCGCGGAUGAGGGUAGCGGCGAGUAUGGAGCACCUGCUGGGGCCGGGACCGCCAUCCACCGCACCUGUGCAUCGACACAGAGAAGGUACACCGACAGAACACAACACGUGAAGGCAAUGUGUGUGGCGUACGUGUUGUGGUUGUGUGGUUGUGUGGUCGUGUGUGCAGGUCAGAGGGAGGUGCCCGCCACGGCUGGUGUGAGGGAUGUCGGGCGGCCACUGAGUAGGGUAGGCUAGACAGAGGGGGGAUGGACAGGACAUGCAGCGGUAUGUACCUCUCCUCGCUGCCUCGACAGACAGUAGAUCGUAGAUACGCAUGCCACGCCCAGACGUGACGCGGACUUGCUCAAACCGUC